AGAGGCAGUCAGGAUCCAAAUUGAGACAGAGUUGGAGAAAGCAAGUCAGUGAGAGGAGAGGGAAUGAGAAAGCCAGCAAAAGAGAGUCAGAGAGAGAGAGAAAGCCAGCAAAAGAGAGACAGAUAGACAGAGAUAGAGAGCUGCACAGAGAGACAGGGAUAGCAGGAACCCCAAGGUGGAAGGGAGAGAGAGAGAGAGAGAGCUGCAUCAGUCCCUGCAGCGGCAGCAGUGUGUCUCCUGUGGUGAUGGCUUUGAUGUGUUGGACACGUCUUUCCCUGUGUGGACUAGUCUUCAGGAGCCCUGUAGCUGCUGGGCUUUAGGAGCACCGGCAUCAGUUCUUCAAGCCCACCAUGCCGUCUGUGUCUCUCAGCCUGCCAGCAGCCCUGGCUGGGCCUGCCCGCACUUGGGUCUGCCUUUCCUGCAUGUUCUGGCCAGAGGAGCUGGAGGCUCUCCAUUCCCAUACCUUCCGGGUGAAGACGUUCAAGAAGGCAAAGCACUGUGGUGUUUGCAAACAGAGUGUCAUCCAGGAGGGACUCAUCUGCCGAGUGUGCCGAAUAGCUUGCCACAAGAAAUGUGAGGUCAAGGUGUCUUCGACUUGUGUUCCUGCAACAAACUACGAGCUGGCGCCGAGCAGCGACCUCCCUCUCAAACAUGUAGACACAACGGGCUCAACAAAAUCCACCAAGAGCAUGGAGUCCCGGCGCAGACCUUCAAGGAGUGUCAGUCUGCUGCAGGCGCUGGAGGAGAACUAUGAGGUGGACCUCCUCUACAUCACAGAGAGAAUCAUUUCCGUCUCCUUCCCCAGCUCUGUGGAGGAGCAGAGCUAUGCCGCCAACCUGCGCGAGGUGGCCUCCAUGCUGCGCUCCAAACAUGGGCACAACUACCUGCUCUUCAACCUCAGCGAGAAACGUUAUGACAUCAACCAGCUUAAUCCAAAGGUUCUCGACUUUGGCUGGCCAGACCACCAUGCACCAGCCCUGGAUAAGAUCUGCAGCAUCUGUAAGGCCAUGGACACAUGGCUGAGUGCAGACAGCCACAAUGUGGUGGUCAUACACAACAAGGGCAACCGUGGCAGAACUGGGGUGGUGGUGGCAGCAUACAUGCAUUACAGCAACAUAUCGGCCAGUGCUGACCAGGCCCUGGACAGGUUUGCCAUGAAGCGCUUUUAUGAAGACAAAGUGCUUCCUGUGGGCCAACCGUCUCAGAAAAGGUAUGUGCAGUAUUUCAGUGGUUUGCUCUCUGGCCACAUCAAGAUCAACAACAAACCUCUGUUCCUUCAUCAUGUCAUCAUGCAUGGCAUCCCCAACUUUGAGUCCAAAGGAGGUUGCCGUCCUUUUCUUAAAAUAUACCAAGCCAUGCAACCCGUCUACACGUCUGGGAUCUACAACGUGCAGGGUGACAGCCAGACAAGUAUCUGCAUCACUAUUGAACCUGGCCUUCUUUUGAAAGGAGACAUCCUGCUCAAGUGCUACCACAAGCGCUACCGCAGCCCAUCCAGGGAUGUGAUAUUCCGGGUGCAGUUCCACACCUGCGCUGUUCACGACCUGGGGAUCAUCUUCGGAAAAGAUGAGCUUGAUGAGACUUUUAAAGAUGAUAGAUUUCCAGAAUAUGGAAAAGUGGAGUUUGUCUUCUCGUUUGGACCAGAGAAAAUACAUGGUCAAGGUAUGGACCACCUGGAAAAUGGGCCCAGUGUGUCUGUAGACUACAAUACCCAAGACCCUCUGAUACGCUGGGACUCCUAUGAAAACGUCAAUCAGCACUGUGAGGACACAACAGAAGAAGUCAUCCACACCCAAGGCCCCCUGGAUGGCAGCCUCUAUGCCAAAGUUCGUAAGAAGGAUUGCAUUGACGGGGCAGUCACAGUAAAUGGCCUCCCGCCCUCUGUUGUUGACCAUGUUCUUCCUGCAGUCGACCAUGCCUUGUCUGUGAGCAGCGACUCUGGGAAUUCCACCGCCUCCAUCAAGACUGACAGAACUGAUGAACCGGCUUCAGCCCCUCAGACAGCCGCAGUGAGCCAACAACACGUUGCUGUGGGUGAGGAGCCACCAUUGGUCCAUCACCAGCCCCCAGCCGCCCAACAACCCCUGAGUCCCCAGGAGAAACAGGAGCUGGACCAGCUGCUUAGUGGCUUAGAGGGGCCCAUGCACCGUCAGGGCUACCUACCCACCCCUACCUCAACCGUCGGAGGGAUGCUUCACUUGGUGCCUGCACAGGUCCAUGUGAAUGGGCACAGCAACAUCGACCGUGAGACGGACAUUUUAGAUGAUGAGCUGCCUACCAGCCAAGAGGGCAACAGCGUAGACAGUCUGGGGACGUUCUCCACAGAGGGCCGCGCAACACCAGCAGAUCUGUACUACCAGUCUGAGACAGUCAUCAAUGGUCAAGACCACGUGCCCUAUCUGGAGUGCAAUGUACCAGAGAAACCUCUGGAAACCAUCCAGUCACUGGCCAGGAUAUCUCACAAACCUGCCACCGUAACUCAAGGUGAGCCAGCCCCAUCCUCUGAGAAUUAUCUAGUUAGCCAGAAUGGCAAUCUGUUCCGCUCCCAGUCAUUUGGUGCGGAACUAAAGUCAAUGCCACGGGCUCCCACUCGCACCACCAGCAGCAGGGAUGCUGUUCAGCGUGGUCUCAAUGUUUGGCAACGGUUUGGUGUACCUGAGGAACCCGUAACUGAGGGGCUCAGCUUCAGCUCACCUCCUGUCAUGCCAAGCCAUCACAGCCUCCCACAGUUCCCUCACCGUCACAGCGCCUCCCAGCAGGAGAUUGAGCGGUCCAUCGAGACCCUCAACCUACUCAUGUUGGAUCUGGAGCCAGGCCAUCCAUCGGUGCUUAAGUCCCAAAGUGCUCCUCUGAGGGAGAACAGCGGCGUAGUUACCACCCAACCAUCCUUCACCCAGAGCCAAACCAGGCCCUCUUACCAGGCUGAUGCUGCCAUCCAUAACCAAUCCUCACCUGCUCACAUGUCACCCGGAAAGCCUAGAACGCCAGAGCCCCCUCUGAUCCAGGGAACUCGGGGUUACAUAACUGAACAAGCCGGAAUGAGACCCACUCCACAAACUUCCCCUGCUGUCGUGGGCCAACUCCAGCUUAAGCCCAUCAACACCUACCCUGCCAGCACACUGUCCCCUUCUGCUGAGGUUACAGAGCCUGAAAGAAGCCCCAGCUCUGCCGCGGCAUCACCCCAACCAAGAGACAGUGAACCUGAUGAGGUGUUCAAUGUAGAAGGCUUGGUGGCCCAGCGAGUAGCUGGUGUCCAGGCCCGUGGAAUGUCAUUGGAUGAGCCUUCAGGCCCGCCCCGCCGUCGCACCACCAGUGAUAGCCAGUUCCAAAAUGGCCCAGAUGGAGGACCCUCCCCUGAUGGUCCAGUUCGCUCCCCCAUUCGCUGUGUUUCUCCUGAGUUCGUCAAUGCCAUAGCAAUGAACCCUGGAGGACGGCCCAAGGAGAGACACAUGCAUAGCUACCGGGAAGCCUUUGAGGAGAUGGAGGGAGGCCCUGUCAGUCCCACGCCAAUAGCUGGUGGUGAGGUGUUCCCCCAAACCCCUGCCUUCCCCAUCUCGCCGCAAACCCCUUACUUCAACCUGUGCCGCUCCCCUCCUGGAUUGGCCAAGACCCCACUGUCAGCCCUGGGUCUGAAGCCCCACAACCCAGCGGAGAUCCUCCUCAAUCAAACAGGUUCAGCACCAAGAAGCUAUGUGGAGUCUGUGGCCAGGUCAGCAGUGGCAGGAGGCGAGCCAUCCACUUCACCUCGCAGCCUCAGCCCACCAGGAGAGGCUUUUGGCACACAGAGAAGCCCAAGUCCAUCUUCUACCCAUUCCCAUGCUCUGAACCCACCACUGUCCAGCAGCAGUCCCAUCCAGAGUUCACAGGGUGACCAGCCUUUAGCCGAGAGCAGCGUUAGCACUCCGUCCCAACCCACUACUGAUUCCGGCUUCCGCUCUCAGCCAUCGGAGAGUGCCUAUCCCACCCCCACCCCUUCCUACCAAGCAAACAGCACCCCCACCCCCUCCUACUUGGACUCCAGCUCUACAGCAUCCUCCUACCUUGGCACCACCAACCCUACUGUCUCCUACCUUGGCACCACCAACCCUGCUGUCUCCUAUCUUGGCCCCAGCAGCCUAGGAAGCUACAUGGCUUCAGACCCCAGCCCACCCUCGCCAGAACCUCCCCAGACCAUGCUGGGUUACGGAGGUCCACACACGUUGCAUCGGACAACUGUCCUCAACUCCGCUCACAGCCCCGUCCUUCAGCAACGUUCGAGCGCUGGUCAGGGCAGCCCCAUCAUGGGUCGGCAAACAUCACCAGCUAAUGGUUUGGAGGUGGGAAUCCCGGGUCUCAGUGGCAGUCCCAUCCUUGGCUGUCGUCCAUCUCAAGGAGCCCAGAACAGUCCAUCUCUGAGCAGACAAACCUCUCUAGGACAGGGAUCUCAGCGGAGCCCUGUCCUCAGCAGAGAGGCGUCCCUGGGCCAGCCUCUGCAGGGCAGCCCUGUGCUCAGCCAUCAGCCGUCCAUGACCCACCAGGGCAGUCCGGUUUUAGCCCGCCACCCGUCAGCAUCACAGGUGUUCCAGAGGAGUCCCAGUUUGGAUCGGCACCCUAUGCACAGUGGUUACACCACCCCAGACGAGAGGCACGGGAAUCUUUCACGGCAGAGCAGCUCCUCAGGCUACCAAGGACCCCCCACUCCCUCUUUCCCAGUGUCCCCUGCAGGCUUCCUGGACAGUGGUUUGAUGACUAUUGGCGCAGCAUUCCGGCAGGGUAGCCCAGGCCCUGGCUCCCAGCCCCAGCUUCCCGAAAAGAGGCGCAUGUCGAGUGGCGAGAGGCCAAAUGGGGCUCUGUCUUAUGGGACGCUAAAUGGAAAGAUGUCGUCCCCAGUGUCAAGCGGAGGCAGCACACCCAGCUAUUUCCACACACUCCCUGACUUCUCCAAGUUCAAUAUGCCAGAUGGAAGUCCAGAGACCAGACUGAAUGUCAAGUUUGUCCAAGACACGUCCAAGUUCUGGUACAAGCCAGACAUCUCCCGGGAGCAAGCUAUCAGCCUGCUGAAAGAGAGAGAGCCUGGGGCCUUCGUAAUUCGGGACAGUCACUCCUUCAGAGGGGCCUACGGCUUGGCCAUGAAAGUUGCCUCUCCACCACCAUCAGUGCAGCAGACCAAAAAAGCUGGUGACAUCAACAAUGAGCUGGUGAGACAUUUCCUUAUUGAGAGCAGUCCAAAAGGAGUGAAGCUGAAGGGAUGUCCCAACGAGCCUUACUUUGGCUGUCUGUCUGCUUUGGUUUACCAACAUGCCAUCACACCACUGGCCCUGCCCUGCAAAUUGCUCAUCCCUACUACAGAUCUGAAUGAGGAAGCUCCAGAGGUUUCCACCACAGCAAAUCCACUGGCUGAGAGACUAAAACAAGGAGCAGUGCAGAACACCCCUGCUGAUUCCCAUGCCUGCAACGUGCUCUACAUUAACUCAGUAGAGAUGGAGUCUCUGACGGGCCCUCAAGCAGUUGCCAAAGCGAUAUCCGAGACACUGGCUGCCGCCUCUCUGCCAACUGCCACAAUAGUGCACUUCAAGGUGUCUGCACAAGGCAUCACACUGACUGACAACCAGAGGAAGCUUUUCUUCAGACGUCACUACCCAAGCAACACUGUCACAUUCUGUGACAUUGAUCCUCAGGACAGAAAGUGGAGCAAACCUGAGGGAGGCACAGCCAAGUUCUUCGGGUUCGUGGCACGGAAACAAGGAAGCACAACGGAUAACGUCAGCCACCUCUUCGCUGAGAUGGACCCUGACCAGCCUGCUAGCGCCAUCGUCAACUUUGUCUCCAAAAUGAUCACCACGCAGAAACGAUGAGAGCUGAGCUAUCAGCAAAACCCUGGCGCUUUUUUAUGCCUUUGGUUGCUUCCUUUCCCUUUAACCACAGACACUUAUUUUCUGUUUUUGGACAAUUUUGCAUUUCUUUCUUUUCUUCUUUUUUUGUGCCACCUUACUUUUUCAGAUCUUUGCCUUUUUGUGUGAUAAGUGUGUUUGUAAGUUUGUUUGCAUAUGCACGUAUGCUAUGUGAGCAAACGAGAGAACAAAACAGGAGGGAAUAAAGGAAAACUAGUGUGUGUUUGUGUGUGUGCGUGUGUGUGUGUAUGUGCGCGCGUGUGUGUCUGAUUCAGUCUAUUUCUUUGUGUGCAGCAAGCAUGCACGUGCUUAUAUCUUGGACGGACUCGAGAAUGGACAAGAGGAAGUGCAGAAUGGGGCGUGUCUGUGUGUGAGAUGAUGGGAUGGGAGGCUAUUUUGUUCUCCGUGGCAGGGUAACACAUGAACAGGAAGAGGAAAUGAUGUUGUAUGAGCAUUUUUUUACCUUUUUUGUGAUUUUUUUUUUUUUUAAAGAAGAAGUCAAGUUGUGCGAUUUAAAGGCGGAUUGUAAAUCUAUCUGGCUUUUGACUGGUCAACCAAAGAUUUUAAAAAAGUUGUCAGGGCAUAUAGUUUGCCACUGUCAGAGGGUCAGAAAUAUACUUUUGUAAAACAAAUAUGGCUGCUUAAUCAAAAUUACUGAACUAUUUCUUUCCCUGUGUGUUGAUAUUGUAAGUCAAGUUCAUUCUUAAAAAAAUGUGUACUUUGACUUCUUGCAAACAAUGGUUGAGGACAUUGUUGUAAAUGGCAAGGUCAGUGUAAAUACUCUAGGUUGCUUUCUGAGUAGGCCUGUGCUAGAUGACUUUUGGUGCCUGACUUUUUUUUUCUAAUGAAGAGCUUUCUAAACAAAAGAGGAAAAGGAAAAAAAAUACAAAACAUAUCCUAGCUCUCAUAUAUAUGCAAUUAUCAAAAUCUAGGAUGAAUACUAUCCCCCUCCCCUCAGUACAGUAGAGUCGCUACAGAUGCAAUAGUUGUUCUGCCCAUCAAGGCAAAUUGCCAUCAGAAGUGUGCCUGGGGAUAAUCAGGUAACCAGACUUUGUGUGCAUGUCCUAAUCAGUGUUGUAACCACGUCAAAAGAGAAGACACCAGCUUGGUGGUAGCAGUGAGUCCAAACCGCCCUCUUUCUGAUUGUUCCGGUCAGCUCAGCAAAGACAUCCGAGGGGAUUAGCCUCCCAUCUCCCACUCCUCACCGUAUCCACAGUAACCGCCGCACUGCAUGGCCACACCAUUUCCCCAUCAUCAUCAUCAAAGGGCUACAGUGUUUUAUGAUAAUCUUUACAGCCAAGGGUUGCACUACUACAUGCUUUCCAUUUCUGCAUGUUAAAACUUCUGCAAAUAGAAAAAAAAAAGUUACCAUCCCUAUGCAUCAGCCGGCCAAAACACUCUUCUUACCCAAAAGUAAGCUAUACAUAUAAAAUAUACGUAUAUAGAUAUAUAGAAUUUCCAAACAUUGACUAAAAGUAUUUAUUUUUUUUGCUCUGUUGCUUUAUGUUACCUUGUAUACAUGUAUUAUAUAGUAUACAUCAAGAUUACUGAAAGCAGAAAGAAAAAAAAGCUCUUUAUUUUGGCUAAACUUUGAAAUCACAUGACUUUGAACUGCAUUGAAAUAUAUAUGGUGUAAAGUGUUUGCAUUUUAAGACGUUUCACUGUCGUUUUUUUUUUUUUUGGAAUAUGUUUUCACAGCAUUGCUUCAUUAUGCAACUCUUGUUUUCAGCAUCAGACACAAAGCUUCAUGUGGGGGGCUUUCUUUGAUAAGAGAGAGGCAAUACUUUGUAUGAAAGUUUUGUUUUGACAAAAGUCAAAAUGGAGUUAUCCUAAAGUGACGCCAAGGCAAAUCUUAGACUAGCUUAAUCCUGCUUGAAAACACAUUGUCCACGUUUAGCACUUAAAUGUUGUGGUUUCAUGUUAAUGAGUCAAACAUUUCCACUUGUCCAAAUGGAUGACCACAUGGACUUUGACAGCUUAAUGUUCACAGACUGGCCUCACUGGUCUUGCAUUCAAUGCUUGUAUGGAAGCAGUAAUACUAGUGCUACCCAUCACAUCUCUCCUGCAACAAUAAAGAGGAGGGGGGGGGGGGAUCUACGAAUUUAUUUAGUAUGUUACUGCUGCCCUCAUGUGGUUUACAAAUACUACUAAGCGAUCCAUUUUAGUCUACUGCAGUGUUUUAACUGUGAUUAUAGCAACUCAAAUGGUAAAUAUUUUAGGUAAUUUACUAAAUAUGUGGUCAUUAGAAAGGUCCCAUACAGUGAUCAAUAAUGAGGACUGGCCCCCUCCUCCUCUGCCUGCUACAUUAGGAGCAGUUUUAGUUCACAGCAUGAUAGUACCGUGGCUUAUAAUUAGGAGCCCACCUAAAUGCAUAGGGGACAAAAACAAAAACAAAAAAAAAGACAAAGAAAAAACACAAAGCACUUAUGGGGCGCUCUUACAAUUGACGAGAAUGUUCCGUAAUUUAUUAGCAUGUCAGGUAAAGCUCAGUUACUUUACAACGUCUUACAAAAUCCAGCCUUCUCCAGGAAGACGAGAUGAGCAGCUCAUGCUUCUGAUUUUCCCAUGGAGAUUGAUCCUCUGUGAUUACGAAGAGACUUAUGGGAAGUAAGAGUCGACAGUUUUGCCUAAGAAAUACCUGUUGAGGGAAAAAAUGGACUUCCUCCACCACAAAAUGAAUGUCAGCCCAACUUUUUUUUUUUUGUGCCAAGAAGGAAACUCCAGUGGGAUAUAGUAUCCACAUUGACUGACCAGUCUGGACAUAGAAUGUGUGUGAAUGAGCUACUCUGCCUGUAUAGAGCCUUGUAUGUUUUAUUUUUGGUUUGCUAUAUUGUAUGGCUUUUACUAUUUCUGAAAAAAAAACCACAUUAAAAAGAAAUACAAAUCACAAGUAUGCAAGAAUAA